AUGUUCCUUGCAAAGCAUCUUACACGUGCAUUUAUCUUUGCUUCAACCUCAUUUAAUCAACCUUUGCCAGAACCCAAAGAGACUCCCGUUGCGUACCCCGCCGCGUUAGGAGAUUUGGCACACACGGAUCUGCAAGAAAUAACCAGUGUCACGUUACCCAGUGGGCAAAAGAUUGAAAGUGGGGAUUUUGUUUUGUUGCAGGACUCUGACCACAUUGCCCAUGUGGCCUUGAUCUGGAAACCAAACGGUCAUUCACCAUCCACCACAGUCCUAUUAUUGGACAUUUGCAAUCGCGGGAGGAUUGUACCAUUCUAUGGGAUGCGUGAGGUCAUAGUCACCGAACAGCAGGUGUUGAAGCAAGUCAAGCACAAUUGCCAUGAGGGCCACUUUGAUGUUGGGCAAUCUCGUGGGAUGCGGGUCACAGGGAAAGACGUUGGGACAACCAUUCCCAUCGUCACUCAGGACGAUUCCAAGUCUUUUGUUCUAAACUCGGCUGCCCACUACUCAGCAGAUUUGCACAGACAGCUCUCUCGAGUGCAAGUGUCCAGGGUUGGAAGUGAACAAUGGCACAAUGCCAUCAAGAUGGGGGUCGACACCUGGAAGUCAGUGCCCGUGCGCCCACGUCAGCAACGAAAACGCAAAGUCACCAAGCAAACCAUCGACAACAGCUCUUCAGACAGUGAUGAGGAAUAG